UCUGUCAUGUGCCAUCCUUGGCUCGCAAGACUGCAUGUUUGCAUCCUGCAGAUGAGCGCCGCAUCUCCUCUUGUGCCAGAGAACUGUAGAUAGAAGCCUCCCUUGAUCGCCCUGCAUGAUCCAGAGCAAUGCCACUCCGUCAUCCUAGUGUCACCAUCGGGAGGUGAAUUCAGGCACAGCACAUGGAGCGAUUUGGAUGCUGCGGGCCCGGGUUCGGACCGGGUAUUUCAAAUGCUCUCGGCCCUCUUCCGACAUACUCUAUACUAUACUGUAUUGUACCUACCCCUAAGUUGGUACAUACCUACUGCUGCCUCUAAACUUGACCCAUCUUCUCCAUGUAGAGAUCCCGAAUCGCGUCCAUGGGCCGCUUUCUGGACGGAGGUACAGAUAAGCUUAGUUUUGAUGAACACUUUAUGUACUGUACGCAUACUAGAGGUAUGCCAGCAUGUCAGGAAACUUACACAGUACGUCAACACGGUCCUUGGGUCUUCUCCCCCCUUCUCGUUUACAUUACCGUUUCGGUCAAGGUUUCUAGGGCCUUAUCUUCCAUGUGGUCCGUUCGACGACGAAUGUACACAAGCUGGUAGAUCAAAGAAAUUACCGUGAGGUGUGGCUUGUCGCAUCUCAUAUGGCACUAGUUACUCCGUACGCAGGGUCGUAUUGCUGGGCCGCUGGGGGACGGCAUGUAAAACACAACCAGGCGGGUUCGUACUGAGAAGAUGAGGCGCAAACAUCGCAAGGAUGCCUUUCCUCCAUAUAUACCACCAUAGAGUUGAAACCAUCGCCGGAGGUUUCACCUUGAGUCCCCCUUCGCUAGCGAAAACGAUGGAGCUUUGCAUAUUACUCCGUAGGUAGAUUUGGAAUUCGGCCACCCUCCAGAUUGAUGAGGUGAGCAGCAUCACGGGCAGUUCCAGGUUGGAUGGAAUCAAG